GUUGAUACGGCGGUUAAGGUCUUAAAGGAAGGAGCAAUGGAUGCUAUCAAAUUAGAAGAGGGUCCCCUUCAAGAAUCACUGCCGCAAAAGCCAUUGUUGAAGCUGGAAUUGCGGUUAUCGGACAUGUCGGACUUACUCCUCAGGCAAUUAGUGUACUUGGGGGAUUCAGACCACAAGGCAAAAAUGUUUCUAGUGCCAUCAAGGUUGUCGAGACUGCAAUGGCUUUGCAGGAAGUGGGAUGCUUCUCAGUUGUUUUAGAAUGUGUGCCAGCACCUGUGGCUGCUGCAGCCACGUCUGCUCUUCAUAUUCCCACAAUCGGCAUUGGAGCCGGUCCUUUUUGCAGUGGACAGGUUCUAGUUUACCAUGAUCUUCUAGGAAUGUUGCAACACCCUCAUCAUGCAAAGGUUACUCCAAAGUUCUGUAAGCAGUAUGCUCGAGUCGGAGAUGUCAUCGACAAAGCUCUCUUAGGGUACAAGGAAGAAGUAAACAACGGUUCAUUCCCCGGUCCUUCCCACAGUCCAUACAAAAUGAAUGCCAAUGACGUGAAUGGAUUUUUUAAAGAGUUGGAGAAAUUGGGUUUGAAUGAGGCGGCAUCUGCAGCAGCUGCCGCAACCGAGAAGAUGAGCACGCACAAAGGCCAGAUGCUGAGAAGUCCCAGAAGUGACUAAAAUAAGGCUAGGUUUGUUCGGCUUGUACCUUAAUCUAAAUUAAUCAAGAACCAAAUAUGGCCAUUUCUAUCAGCAUCGUAUAUAUUUACAGGCACUCCAUGCCGAUUCACAGUUGGGAUGAAAUAAUUAUCGAGUUCAAUUCGUAGCUAA